GAAGUUUUUAGCACAAUGAGGACCCUAAUUUUUGCUAUUAUUCUUUCAACGUCUCUCUCAAUGGCUUUGACACUAAGGAAGAAGCCACUAUGCGAUAUGUGCGAAAAAUUCGUCGAGAAUGUUGAUGCUGUCCUCGAAAAAGGAGGAGAUGUGGCUGAAGCUGUGGAAAAAUUUUGCAAAGAUGAUGUGCCAGAAAUUCUCGAAGAUGCGUGUGACAAGAUAAUUGCGAAGAAUUUGAAAUAUAUCGUUGAGAAACUGAAGGAACACGACACUCCAGAGGAGAUCUGUAGCAAUAUCUCCCUCUGUACUACACGCAGUUACGCAGACAAACCUUUUAUUACUUUAUGAGGAAAUAAUUGUUUAUACAUACAAUCAGUUAAUG